AUGACCAACACCAUCUAUCUCAUUACUGGUGCCAGCCGCGGUAUUGGCCGUGGCCUGGCCGAGACAUUCCUGGCUCGUUCCAACACCACCGUCAUCGCGGCCGUCCGCGAGCCCGUCGGUGCUUCAUCCCAGUCCCUGCAAUCCCUCCCCAAGGGCGAGUCGUCUCGCCUAAUCGUAGUGAAGGUCGACUCUAAGUCUCCCACCGACCCGGCCGCUGCCGUCGAGACCCUGCAGAGGGAGCACGGCAUUGACCACCUGGACGUGGUAAUCGCCAACGCCGGCAUCGGCGAGGAUUUCUCGCCCGCGGUCCACCCUCUGCUCAAGAAAAGCAAGAAGCCCACAUUUGUGGGAGUCGGCAGUCCGCUGGGCAGCAUCGGCGGCAUGGAGCAGCGCCCGUACCCGUGUGCGGCGUACGGUCCCAGCAAGGCCAUACUGCACUGGAUCGAGCGCAAGAUCCAUUUCGAGAAUGAGGACUUUGUGAGCUUUGUUGCGGAUCCUGGCUUCCCCCAAACCGAUAUGGGCAAUGCCGGUGCCCAGGCUGUCGGCCUCGAGAAGGCCUUCCAGACUGCCGAGGAGAGUGUCGGCGGUAUCGUGAAGACGAUCGACGAAGGGACGAGGGAGUCGGUUGGUGCACAGCUGCGCGUGUGGGAUGGAUCCCAGUUCCCAUGGUAA